AUGAUCCCACAUUACGCCGACAGCGACGACGCCAGCAGCCCGAAGAAGCUUCGCCGAAGGACCCUGGCGUCGGACGUGCUCCCGCUGCCGCUCUGGCUCACCAACACUGUCUUCCUCCUCACAUUCAUCUUCUCCUGCUGCUACCUGCUCCAGCAAUGGCGCGAGCAGCUCUACUCUUCGGAGAAGCUUCACGAGCUGCUGUGGCGCGAUCUCGUCGCCGUCUGCCUCGGUAUGGGCUCCUUCAUUUACCUUAUAAACUUCUUCGGGGUCGGAUUCGUUCAGUCGGCCAUCGAGCAGAGCAUGCUUUCCGAGGAGGAGGAUGCGAAGGAGAGGGAAGAGGAGGACGAUGACGAGGAGGGGGAAGAUGAGGAAGAGGAGGAGAAAGACCCAAAGGAGUUGCUUUCCCGCCACAGGCGCAACCAUCGGCGCAACCAUUCGCGCGGGCACUGUGUCCCCCAUCAACCGGAGCCCUGGUAUAAGCCCGAACCGAUCCCAACUCCCGUUACUGCCACCCCCGCUACUACCAACCCCUCCACUGCCACCUCCGCCACUGCCACCCCCGCUACUGCCACCCCCGCUACAAUCACUUCCGCUUCAAGCGCGCCUGCUCCCGCGGCGCCCAAGACCUGCACCUUCAAGCUCGACAGUUCGUUCUCGCUACCAGACGUCCCGUUACAGGACCUUCCGGACGACGACAUUGCGCGCGCCGUCGCGCGCGGCGCCAUCCCCAUACAUUCCCUCGAAACCCAACUCGGCAACACUCUCCGCGCCGCCGCGGUCCGCCGGCGCGCCGUUGAGAUCAAAACAGGCCGCUCUCUCGCGGGGCUGCCCCUCGAGAAUUACGACUACGACGCGAUCCGCGGCGCGUGCUGCGAGAUGGUCGUCGGCCACGUGACGAUCCCCGUCGGCGUCGCAGGCCCUCUGCGACUCGACGACGCGGAGUUCUUCGUACCCAUGGCGACGACCGAAGGCUGCCUCGUCGCCAGCACCAACCGCGGCUGCAAGGCCAUCUGCGCCGCGGGCGGCGCGCGCAGCGUCGUGCUGCGCGACGGCAUGACCCGCGCGCCCGCCGUGCAGCUCCCCUCCGCGCUCCGCGCGGCGGAGCUCAAAGCCUUCGCGGAGAACCCGCGCAACUGGGCUCUCCUCGCGGACGCAUUCAACAGCAGCAGCCGCUUCGCGCGCCUGCAAACCCUCAGCGUGGCGGUGGCGGGGCGCAACGCGUUCAUCCGCGUGGAGAGCAGCACGGGCGACGCGAUGGGCAUGAACAUGGUUUCCAAGGGCACGGGGAACGUGCUGGGCGUGCUCGGCGCGCAGUUCCCGGACAUGCGCGUGGUGAGCAUGUCGGGCAACUACUGCGCGGAUAAGAAGGCCACUGCUGUGAACUGGAUCAAGGGGCGCGGCAAAUCCGUCGUCUGCGAAGUCACCAUCCCUGGCCGCGUGGUCGAGUCGGUGCUAAAGACAACUGUAGCCGCCCUGGUGGAGCUGAACACGACAAAGAACCUCGUCGGGUCAGCCCUGGCGGGCGCGGUGGGUGGAUGCAACGCGCACGCGAGCAACAUCGUGACGGCGGUGUUCCUGGCCACGGGGCAGGACCCCGCGCAGAACGUCGAGAGCUCGCAGUGCCUCACGCUGCUAGAGGCGGCCAAUGACGGGGCCGACCUGCACGCCUCUGUCACGCUGCCAGCGAUUGAAGUCGGCACCGUUGGCGGAGGGACCUUCCUUGCCCCGCAGGCGGCUGCGCUAUCCCUGCUAGGCGUGAAGGGGUCCCACAGCACGCAGCCGGGGGCGAACGCACAGCAGCUGGCGCGAGUGGUGGCAGCAGCAGUUCUGGCGGGGGAGCUCUCUCUCUGCUCCGCCCUCGCCUCGGGCCACCUCGUGCAGGCUCACCUCAAAUACAACCGCUCCACGCUCAAUGCUGCCUCGUCCUCUGCUGCCGCUGUGGUGGCAUCUGCUGCUGCUGCUGAUACCGCUGCGGCUGGUGCUGCUGAUACCGCUGCGGCUGGUGCUGCUGGGGCAGUUUCUGCUGAAUCUGAGGGCCUCUGCAUGGUCAGCAAAUGCUGA